AUGUCAACAGCCCUAUCAUCUGGCAAGUCUGACUUUCCCGUACCCAUUCUACAGCCAUGCCUCCCCAAAACUGAGGAAAUCAAUGACUUCCUGUUCACAGCCAGGAGAAAGGACACUAAAUGUGUCCACAUGAAGAAAGGGAGAUAUCUUUAUACCUUGGUCAUCACAGACGCAGGGCAGGCAGAGAAACUGAAGCAGUCCCUGCCCUCAGGUUUGGCAGUGAAGGAACUGAAAUGAACCAGACA